AUGGAUAUCAUUUUAGGCAUCAGAGUGGCCGACUCCACCAUCAUUGCCACUUCCAAGGCGGCCACCCGGGGUAUCUCGGUGCUCAAGGCCAACGACGAUAAGACCCGGGUGCUCAAUACCCACAACCUCAUUGCGUUUACCGGGGAGGCGGGCGACACCGUCCACUUUGCCGAGUACGUCCAGGCCAACAUCCAAUUGCACACCAUGAGAGAGGGCCACGAGUUGAGUCCCACUGCAUGCACCAACUUCAUUCGCCUGGAGCUUGCCACCUCAAUCAGACUGAGAAAGCCGUACCAGGUUAACUGUUUGGUGGCGGGGUUCGACACCAAGACUUCGAAGCCGAGCUUGACGUGGAUUGACUACUUGGGUACUAAGACCGAGCUUCCCUACGGUGCCCACGGCUACGCUGCCUUCUACUGCACCUCGCUUUUGGACAAGCACUACAAGGAAGGGUUGACGGUGGAGGAAGGUCUCAAGUUGAUGGACAUGUGCUUGAAGGAGCUUGAAUUGAGAAUGCCCAUCGACUUUAAGGGGGUUUACCUCAAGGUGGUCGACAAGGACGGGGUGAAGGCUAUUGGUGGCGAGGACCCGCUGGACUUGCCUCCCGCCGAAGCGUCGCUGGCUCCCGCCGUUCAAGCGUCGGCUUAA